AUGCUUAUUUAUUCUUUGGAAAUAGCUAGUAAUUCUUUGGAUACUAAAGACAUAGGAAAAUGUUUGUGGGAAUACGUUGCUACAAUGGCCCUUAUUUCGGCGACUGAAGUAAGCGAAAUUCUCAUAGGAAACGAAUUUUAUUGUUUAUUGGUGAUCCUUACAACAAUUUGUAUUACACAAAUGGAAGUGUUUGAAUAUGAGCUGCCCAACCUGUCGGAUGCCAAUCUCUCCUACGAGGAUUUGCUUGUGCGCGAGGCCAAAUCCUACUUAGGUUGGACAUUGGGGUGGGAAAAUGUGGGGUGUCUAGAAGAGGACAUCGAUAUUCUGGAGGAAGAACCUCUGGGCGAUACCAACUGGAAAAUAUCUAUAAAUGGAUUAAGAAAUGCGGAAAAACAAGACAUUGUUAAACGUUUAACAUACUGCUCCACCUGGGAAGAGUCUUUUAUUUGGUUAAAAGGUUGCUCUGAUCCGUACUUUGCUUACUGCACAUUGUGUAAUACGAAAUUUAGGAUAGAUGGUCAAGGAGUAUCACAAGUAAAGUCCCACCAAAAGGGGCAAAAACAUGAAAAUUUUGAAAAAAUGCGAUCUGGAAACAGCCGCCAAUCGACUUUUAAAGUUAACUCAAGCAAUCAGCAAGUGGAAUUAUCAAGUGGUAACUUUGUUUUAACAGACGCCAAACAAAUUUUAAAAGCGGAAAUUAUUUGGUGUCUAAAGGUGUGCAAAAAUAAUUCUUCAUUUGCAAGUAAUAAUGAAAAUAAUGUAAUUUUUCAACUGAUGUUUCCCGACUCGAAUAUCGCAAAAAACUAUAACAUGUCGGAGACAAAAUGCAAGUAUGUCAUAGAGUUCGAAAUUGCCAAAUUUGUAAAAGAAAUGUUAAUUAAGGAUGUAAAAAAUUCUCCUUAUACUUUUAAAUUUGAUGAAACAACGACGUCCCAAGUUAAGAAACAAUUUGACGGGUAUGUGCAAUAUUUUUCGACCAGGCAUCAAAAAGACCUACAUUUUUUUUUUAAAUUAAGUAGCUCGCGUAGAGAGGAUUACAAGUUUGCCACUUUGCAUUCUGAAAUAGAAUCACAAUUUAUGCUGAAACACGUAAAUACAAGAUGGCUAAGCCUAAAAAAGGUUCUAAGCCGAAUUAUAGAACAAUUUGCUAAUCUAAAAGAAUAUUUUCUAAAAUUUAUUCCUGAUCAAAAAAAUUUUGCACGAGAAGUGGGCUCUACAGAUCGCUACAAAAGAAUUAAACUGAAAUUAACAGAUCAAAAAACUGAAGCCUACUUAAGUUUUGCGAUUUAUAUAGGCGAUUUAAUGGAAGCAUUUGAACAAAAAUUUCAAGGAGAAGAACCUCUGGUCUAUGCUCUUCAUACAAGUAUUAAUGAAUUAUUUUUGAAAAUUAUGGAUAAAUUUGUUAAAAAGGAAAAAUUAGAUAAUUCCACUUUAGGACAGGUCAAUGUAGAAAAUUCCAAUAAUCAAAAGUCCGCAUUUGAUAUUGAUCUAGAUUUUAGAACAAAACAAUUUCUAGCAAAGAUGGAAGGCAAUUACUUAAGUUCUAUUAAGAUUUUAAGAAUCGAGUUUAAACUUUGUCUUGUAAAAAUUGCAAAAUAUUUACAGGAGAAACUACCCUGGGAGUCAAAAACGUUGAAGCAACUUACUCACUUACAUCCUAAGUUUAAAUUAGAAAAAGAAUCUGUCGCCUCUAUUGAAGCCUUAGCAAAAUUGUUAACUGAAGUUUUACCAAAUUUCCAUUCUGUUUUUGGACUACCAAACCGCGAUGUUUAUAAAUUUAUAGAGCAAGUAAAAAUGGAAUUCAGAGCUUUUCAACACGACACAACUGAAUAUAAUCACUCACGACUAGAUGUGUUUUGGAAUGAAAUGAAACAAAAGAAGGACCUGGUUGGAGCAAAUAAGUAUUUUUUACUGAGCAGUGUAGCGCUUACAUUUUUAAGUCUUAGCCACAGCAAUGCAACCGCUGAACGUGGGUUUAGCUUUAACAAAUUUAUUCUUGAAAAUAAAUUAUCUUUAAAAGAAAACACUGAGACAGUGUAUAUCUGA